AGCGCUUUAAGCGGCUCGUGGGGUGUUCCAGCGCCGGGGCCCGGGGAAGGGCCGCAGCCGGGAUGUGGAAGGUCUUGCAGCCGCGGUUAGGCCGCCGUGCGGUGGCCACCUGGUCCAAGUUCCAGGCGCCUCCCAUGGUCUACAUUGCGGGCGAGGAGAUGUCUCGCUAUACCAUGGAGCUGAUCAUGGACAAGUGGGUGAAGCCUGCAGUAGACACCUCAAAGUGGGAGUACUAUGACUUGAGCUGCAAGGAGAGAGAUGCCACCAACGACCAAGUCCUGAAGGACGCUGUCGCCGCCGGGGCCCGCAUCGGCUCCAUCUUCAAAGAGCCGACCAUCACCCCAACCAAGGAGCAGAUGGCAUCCAUGGGCUUGACCAAGCCCUUGGGCUCGCCCAACGGCCUCAUGCGCCGGGGCUGGAACGGCAUCACCAUCUCACGGGACACCAUCCACAUCCCCGGCAUCGAGCUGGGCUUCAAGCGCCCGGUGCUCUUCGAGCGCCACGCUGUGGGUGGGGAGUACGGCGCCGGCUGGAAGAAGGUUGGCAAGGGUCGGGUGCUCACAACCUUCUUCCCCGAGAACAUGGACGACGGGAAGCCCAUCAUCGUGGAUGGCAGGGAGGUGAAAGAUGAGAAAAGCUGUGUGGUGGUCUACGACAACCCGCUGGACAACGUUGAGGACCUAGCCCAUGUCUUCUUCCAGCGCUGCUUGGAAGCCAAGGUAGUGCCCUACGUCGUGACGAAGAAGACGGUCUUUAAGUGGCAGGAGGGCUUUUGGCAGAUCAUGAGCGACGUCUUCGACGCGCAGUACAAGGACGCCUUCUUGGCUGCGGGUCUUUUGGAGAAGACGAAGGGGGAAUUGCAGCACCUCAUCAGCGAUGCUGCCACGAUGCAGAUCAUCCGCUGGACGGACGGGGGCUUUGGAAUGGCAUGUCACAAUUACGACGGCGACAUGCUGACGGACGAGGUGGCGCAGGUUCACCGAAGUCCUGGCUUCAUCACUUCCAACCUCAUCGGCAAGAGAGAGGACGGCACGCUGAUCAAGGAGUUCGAGGCGUCCCACGGCACGGUGGCGGACCUUUGGCACGCGCACCUCCGCGGGGAGGAGACUUCCAUGAAUCCGCUGGGCAUGGUGGUGGCCCUGCUGGGUGCCAUGGAUCACUCGGCCGCGCUGGCCAAGGAUCCCAAAGUCGAGGAGCUCACCCAGCGCUUCACCAAGUGCUGUCAGGCAGCCGUCUACGCAGCCUUUCGCGGUGGCAAAGGCACGCGGGACAUGGCGGGGCCCAGCGGCUUGACCACCGAGCAGUUCGUGGAUUCGGUGGCUGAGGACUUGACCCGGCGACUGAGCUCGAUGGAUGGGACGGAACUUACAGAGAUGAAGGAGGCGGAGAGUGUGCCUAAGGUGAAAGUCUCCCGAAAGUUCCGCAGGAACUACAAGGUGGACGAGAAGGCGAUGCAGGGCAUGUUCGCCCGCUUUGACAUGGAUGGCAACGGCAAGAUCGACUUCGAGGAGUUCGUGGAGCUGGCGCUGGAGCUGGGCAUCGCGCCCCUGGAGCCGGAGGCCAUCAAGGCGGAGAUGGAGCACCAGGAGCACAAGGCAGACCUGGAAGCCGCCCGUGGGCGGCAGCGCCGCUGGGCCUCCAUGGACGAGCCGCGGCUCUACUGAGAAAGGAAACUCGGGGAUCCGAAGCGAAGUCAUUUCAUCAACCCAUCGGUGUCCUUUUGAUCGGCGAGCCUGGUGAAAAAUCGAUGGAUGGGAUUUGUGAG